ACAUCAAACUCCCACACAAACUCUCCCAAAUUUUCUGAUUGGCUAACAACACCAUCCUCGCAUUCCUAUUGGUCCACGUCAUCACUUCUGACACGUCCCAACUUCACUCUCUCUCUCCUCCUCUUCACUCUAUAAAUACCCUUUCUCUCUCCUUUCUGAGAGAACAGAACUUCUGUGAAGAGUAGAAACACAAAGCACUACCUGAAGAAAGGAGAAGAAGAAGAAGAAGCGUCGGAAAAACUAAACUACGUCGUUUUAUAUCACAGGCGAAGAUAAUGGCGGGAGCGUGGAAUUCACGCGCAUCGUCGAUUGCAUUCGGCAUCAUCUUAUUCGGUAGUUUAUUUGCUUUCGUUAGUGCGAAAGAUGAAGCUCCUAAGCUCGGUACAGUUAUUGGAAUUGAUCUUGGUACCACCUACUCAUGUGUUGGUGUGUACAAAGAUGGUAAGGUUGAAAUUAUAGCAAAUGAUCAAGGUAACCGUAUCACUCCAUCAUGGGUGGCCUUCACCAAUGACGAGAGGUUGAUCGGAGAGGCUGCCAAGAAUCAGGCAGCUGCUAACGCCGAGAGGACUAUUUUUGAUGUCAAGAGGCUUAUUGGAAGAAAAUUCGAGGACAAGGAGGUCCAAAGGGACAUGAAGCUUGUGCCUUACAAGAUUGUGAACAAGGAAGGAAAGCCUUACAUCCAAGUUAAGGUUCAAGAAGGCGAGACCAAGGUUUUCAGCCCUGAGGAAAUCAGUGCUAUGAUUCUUACUAAGAUGAAGGAGACAGCUGAAACUUUCCUUGGAAAGAAAAUCAAGGAUGCUGUUGUCACUGUUCCUGCAUACUUUAACGAUGCCCAGAGGCAAGCUACCAAGGAUGCAGGAGUCAUCGCUGGUUUGAACGUUGCUAGGAUUAUUAAUGAGCCUACUGCGGCAGCCAUUGCUUAUGGAUUGGACAAGAGGGGUGGUGAGAAGAACAUCCUUGUCUUUGACCUUGGUGGUGGGACGUUCGAUGUCAGUGUUUUGACCAUCGACAAUGGUGUUUUUGAAGUUCUUGCAACUAACGGAGACACUCACUUGGGAGGUGAGGACUUUGACCAGAGACUCAUGGAGUAUUUCAUCAAGUUGAUCAAGAAGAAGCACAACAAGGACAUAAGCAAGGACAACAGGUCUCUUGGAAAAUUGAGAAGAGAGUGUGAACGUGCCAAGAGAGCUUUGAGUAGCCAGCACCAAGUCCGUGUUGAAAUUGAGUCUCUCUUUGAUGGUGUUGAUUUCUCUGAGCCACUCACCAGGGCUCGUUUUGAGGAGUUGAACAAUGAUCUUUUCAGGAAGACCAUGGGACCCGUCAAGAAGGCCAUGGAUGACGCUGGUUUGGAAAAGAACCAGAUUGAUGAGAUCGUUCUUGUUGGUGGAAGUACCAGGAUUCCCAAGGUCCAACAGCUGUUGAAGGAAUUCUUCAACGGAAAGGAGCCCAGCAAGGGAGUUAACCCUGAUGAGGCUGUCGCUUUUGGUGCUGCUGUUCAGGGAAGCAUUCUCAGUGGAGAGGGUGGUGAAGAGACCAAAGAAAUCCUUCUGUUGGAUGUUGCACCUCUUACCCUUGGUAUUGAGACCGUCGGUGGAGUUAUGACCAAAUUGAUUCCAAGGAACACCGUUAUCCCAACCAAAAAGUCUCAGGUUUUCACCACUUACCAGGACCAGCAAACUACUGUCACCAUUCAGGUAUUUGAAGGUGAAAGGAGUCUCACCAAGGACUGCAGACUUCUGGGGAAAUUUGAUCUUACCGGAAUCGCACCAGCUCCAAGGGGAACCCCACAAAUUGAAGUCACCUUUGAGGUGGAUGCCAACGGUAUCCUAAAUGUGAAGGCAGAAGACAAAGCCUCAGGAAAAUCCGAGAAGAUCACAAUCACAAACGACAAGGGUCGUCUCAGCCAAGAAGAAAUCGAGAGAAUGGUUAGGGAAGCUGAGGAGUUCGCUGAGGAAGACAAGAAGGUGAAGGAGAGAAUUGACGCCCGUAACAGCUUAGAGACUUAUGUCUACAACAUGAAGAACCAAGUCAGCGACGCCGACAAGCUUGCUGACAAGUUAGAGGCUGAUGAGAAGGAGAAGAUUGAGGCCGCUGUUAAGGAGGCCCUUGAGUGGUUGGAUGACAACCAGAGUGGCGAGAAGGAAGACUACGAAGAGAAACUCAAGGAAGUCGAGGCUGUCUGCAACCCAAUCAUCACCGCUGUUUACCAGAGAUCUGGUGGGCCAUCAGGUGAAAGCGCUGAUUCAGAAGAUGCUGAGGAUGGGCAUGAUGAGCUAUAAGUGGAUCACUGAUUCAAUUGUUCGGUGUAUUAGGUUUAGACUAAUGGUCUCCUUUUGGGAGCUUUUGGAAGAAAAAAGACGCAGUAGAAUGUUUACGGGAGUUAGAAGAAAACUGGGAUGGGAAACUCGUUUGGAUUUUCGGUUUUCCUCUUUCCCUUCACCAAGUUCAAUUUUUGAGGGACAAUGUAUAGGAUAUUUCAACUGUUUUAUCAGCUGAAACAUUAGUAUUUUAUUUUAUUUUUACUUAAGAAUUUAUAAUUGCUUCUGUUUUUGACUCGUCUUCUAUAUCCUCUUUUCAAAAGAGAUUAAUAUU